UGGUCCAGAGCCUGGAAGGAGAAAUUGGUCAACUUGAACAGGCCAUUGAUGAGUUAGACAAAAACCCAGACUUGCAGGUCUGCCCUCGCACUGGCCUGGAUGAAUCUAAAGACUGGACAAAUCUGAGUGUUGACACUUCCUUUUCCUUCGGAACCAUAAGAACUACAGUGUCAGCCAUGAUGGAACAAAUUCACCAGAAACUGGAUCAGCUAUCUCCAGUUGAACUCAAGAGGAUUCCCAAGUUUGCAGCGGAUGUAAAGCUGGACCCACUGACUGCUCAUCACUGCCUUGUUCUUUCUGUUGAUGGGAAAGAAGUGAGAGAUAGAGGAAAGAACCAGAACGUUCCCGAUGCUCCAGAAAGGUUUGACAUGUAUGGCAGCGUCCUGGGGCUCAACAGCUUGACCUCUGGGAAGUCUUACUGGGAGGUGGAGGUCAGCAACAAGACCGGGUGGGAUCUAGGCGUGACAAGAGGUGAUGCAAACCGCAAGGGGAAACUCUCACUGAAUCCAGAUAAUGGUUACUGGGUUACUGUUCAUUUUAAAGACAGUGAGUACGCAGCCCUGACAUCACCGCCGCUCAGCCUUUCCCUGAAAGAGAAACCUCAGAAGGUGGGAGUGUUUGUGGAUUACGAGGAAGGUCUUGUGUCCUUCUACAGUGUGACGGCUCAGUCUCAUAUCUACUCGUUUACUGAGUGCUCAUUCAGGGGUGAGAUCUUCCCAUAUUUCAGUCCACAUCUUGAACAAAAUGGGAAAAACUCACAUCCUCUGAUUAUCUCCACUGUGGGAAACCAGUAGUGGAUCCAUGAAGUGUACUCUUAGAGCUGUAAUACAGCAUGACAUACUAUGAGUUCCAAAGAGCUGGAGUGCAGCAGUAUAAUAUAUAUGUUCCAUGAUGUAUAAUACAGAUUGUAUAUGGUUUUAUGUAAGUACUAUAAGCAGUGCUGACUUUCUAAAUAUUUCCAUUAAAGAGAUUGUUACAGGUUUCAAUUUAAAAUGUAAAUAAGAGCCAAUAAGAAACCAAAGAAA